AUGCUUGGUGAUAUCACAUUGAUCAUAAGCGGAAUAUUCGCUGCUGAGUUAAAUGAUAAAGAAGAAUUGACUGAUUCGAGUGUGCAGCACACGAGUGAUCUUUUAGAUGGAAGAGGCGAACUAAAUAAUGAAAGAAACAGGCCUCAAUUGCAAAGGGCUUUGAGUCAAAUUUCUUUAUCCUUGAAACAAGAUGAAUUGGAGAAAGCAAUUGAUGAACUUGAUAGCAUUUCAUUCUCAACCGAAUCAUCGAAUACUUGCAAUGAUCUAAAAACACCGCCUGGCUUUUAUGAUAAUGUAAAACCGCCUUGCAAUAACUUGGAUACACCACCUGGUUUUUAUGAUAAUGCAGGGCAGAGACCAAAUACUACUGAGACUGAUGGAAUAAUUUGCUUACAAGAUCCACCCAAAACAAUUAAAAAGGUGCCAUUUAAACAAAGCGAAACCAUCAUUGCGUACACAGAAUUCACUAAGAAAUCAGGUAAACCUGAUUUAACUAAUCAAAAAGAGUUUGAGAAAAUGGUUCGUAAAUUGCUAGAAUACAUCAAAAACUCUGAAACAGAUAUAGUUAAGAAGUAUCUCAAGGGAUAUGGUUUCUCAGAAGUUGUUGUAUCUGAAAAAACACAAAUCUAUGUAAGUGAAAAUCAUUGCCUAAAAAUCAAUGUUGCAACACGAGAUAAAGGAAUAGAACCGCAUAUGCUUGAAAAAGUGAAGAGCAAACAUGUGAUAAAAAUGAUCUGUUAUGAAAUCUACACAAUAAAAUACAGUGAUGAAGCAGAGCAAGCAGAAUCAGAAGAUUAUAUCGUGGCAUUUAUGCUACUGGAAAAACUCGAUUUCAUUGUAUCGCGAGAAAUGAUCAAAACAGAGGAUGAUAUAAGAAUAGUUGCAAGGGAUGUCCUACGAGGGUUGGUUGAUCUACAUAAGGUAGAUAUAACGCACACUGAUAUCAAAUGCAAUAACGUAAUGUGUAAAAUGGAUGAACAUGGUAAACCUACCUGGAAACUGAUUGAUCUGGAUAUUGCAUGCAAUACCAAAUUUGGAUUAUUCAAAUGCAAAGAGCCAUGGUGUUUACCGUAUUGGUUUCUACCACCUGAAUAUGCCAUAAGUGAUAUAUUCACAGCUGUAGGUGAUGUAUGGAGUUUGGGAUUGCUGCUUUAUCAAAUGUUAUACCCUGAGAAAAGUGAUAGUAAGGUUAGAAAGGUACUGAAGAUGCAAUUGGGUUUUCAUUUUGGAUAUCGAUACACCAAUUGUUUGAAAGUCAAUUUAAGAGAGAAAAUACCACUCGUAUAUCCAGAAAACUGCUCGGAUUCGCUUAGAAAUUUUAUUGAUCAAAUGUUAACUGCUGAUUUUCAGAAUAGACCAACGGCACUGGAAAUGCUACGACACGAAUUCUUGAAUGAAUAA